AUGGAUCCACGUGAAGUACCAACAACAUACCAAUACCAGCCGCUUGAAAAAGGCCAAAUCCGUCUCCUCCAAAUAUCAUGGAGAAUAGAGCCCAACUCCGGCACUCGAGUCCCAAUCUACCGCCUCAUUCCCAGAUACUUACCACCACAGCCCCAUGAACCAGCCCUAGAAUAUGAAGCAAUAUCCUACCAAUGGGGCGCCCCUCUCCGUAUCUCCGGUCUACCCAUUGACAUGUCCGAAGAACCAGAACCAGACUCCGAACCAAACCCUCCUCCCACUCCAACCAUCGGCCUAACCAAAAACCUCACCGAAGCACUCUCCUGCCUCCUAACCCACUCCACCACCAACCUCCUCUGGAUCGACCAACUAUGCAUCAACCAAGGCACCUCCCCCACCGCACUCACCGAACGCUCCGUCCAAGUCUCGCAAAUGUCAAAAAUCUACACCCUCGCCACCCGCGUCCUCGUCUGGACCGGCCCCGCAGACACCCACAGCUCCAACUGCCGCGAAUACCUCGACGGCCUCGCCUCCUGGAUCUCCACCUACCCGGACCGCGAACGCAUCAUCCCGGGCUCGCAGACGUACAAUCCAGAUCGCAGGUACGUUCUAGUGCGCAGCACGUUUUCGCGCACCGCACCCACAGAUGGCAAAUUUGCACCCUCGAUCCUGCGAUUCUGGGCAAGGCCGUGGUUCACGCGCGGCUGGAUCGUACAGGAAUUCCUACUGGCGCGCGAGAUCCUCGUGAUAGCAGGCCAGACGACGUUUAGCGCCCAGGAUCUCUUCGAUAUGCACGCUGUGCCUGUGGCGGCGGGCCAGGCAGAAACAGUCCGACGCUCACAUCUGCUGAUGAAUAUGCGACUGCGGCCCUUUGGCGAGCACCAGCCGCUGCGGUUUUUGAGAAUCAUGCAUGAGGUGGCGGGGAGGUUUGAUACGCAGUUUCUCUGCGAUGCGUUGUAUGCGUGUCUGGGAUUAUUGGGGGCUUCGCACAAUGCCUUUGAGCCGGAUUUCGAGGCCUCGGUGCGCAGUAAUUUCACGAGGUUUGCGGCGUCGUUGGCGGAGGGGUACGGUAGUUUGGAUUUCCUGUCCAUGUGGAGUGCGAAUCUGGAUGAGGUUUUGACGGCGACACCGCAGGAGCUCAGGGGGUUUCCGUCAUGGGUUCCGUCGUGGAGUAUGUGGCCAUUGCAAGCACCGUUUCGGCUGGCGGUAGGCGGGGUGCGCAUGUUGGGGUAUAAAGUCCAGUGGGAUGCGUGCGGGGGAAGAAGACAUGUUUUUCAGCUUCCGGAUGGUUCGGGGGCGUAUAAAGGUAGUGUUGCGGUGACGGACCGUUUGGUGGUUCGAGGCAGGGUCAUCGAUACUGUUGAUCGCAUCGCCGGCGACGCGGUGUUCAAUCGGUAUUGGGAUUUCAAGAGCGAGAUGGUAGAGGCGGAUCAUGCGUAUCUGGAUGAUCUGGUGGCCAAAAUUCAGAAAGCGCUCAAGGGGCUGGAUCACUGGACGCGCAGGGAUAUGUUACGUUUUCUGAGUGUGGUGGCUGCGAAUGGGGCGGAGUGGGUCGAGGACACGGAGACGACGUUUCCGUGGAAAGAAUAUAAUGAUUUGGUUGAUUGCGACCAGGCACUCGGGCUUUGCUUGUCAGUGGGAAGGGGGAGGAGGUUCAUGCGGACGAAGGGGGGGAAGGCUGGUGAAGAGGGUAGACUCGGGCUUGCGCCUGCGUUUGGGACAAAGGUUGGUUCAUUGAUUGUGGUUUUGCAUGGGUGCAGUGUGCCAAUCGUUUUAGAGUGUGCGGAUGAGGAAUUGGGGGAGUACAAGGUGGUAGGUGACUGCUAUGUGGAGGGUGUUAUGCUGGGGGAGGCAGUGGAAGGUUGGCGCGUAGAAGAGGCACAGACGUUUGUGCUGGUUUGA